GUCGGUCGACGGUUGAUUCCCAUCGAUCGGAGGAAGAAGAUGGGUGCGGGUGUGGAGAGAUCCAACAACAAAAGAACCAUGGCGGCCGACCCGAUCAGUCGAGUCGAUCCCUUGGCGAAGAAGAAGAAGGUGGUGGAUCUGGGGAGCGACAGCGACGAGGACUUGCCUAAUCCGUCACAAUGGGCGGGUGUUAAUCCCGAUUCCUUCAGCGAUGACUACUUGGCCAUGAUGGAAAAGGCCAGACUCGACGAAGAAUCAGCUCCCCGCCCUGUGAAAAUUGCUACGCUCGACUACUACAAACCUCCCACCAGGUUUCACACCGUCGGGCUUUUCCCCGUUUGUCGAUCCGGAAGCAAGGCGGUACUCCACGCCGCGAAAUUUCUUCUAGGGGUUUCAUCCUCUCUCGAUGGUAGGCCGCUAAGACGGUGCUCUGGCCUCUGGGUCGAUUGGGAUGUGUGGAAGAAAACUGGCCUUGUUUUGACAACUGCGCAGCUGAUUCGCACAAAGGAUGCUCCUUACAGUGUCUGGUCAGGGGGUGAAGAGUAUGCUACAGAUGCUGAUGUCACUGUUCAUUUGCUAAAUGGCACCAGUGCAAAGGGCCAGCUGGUGUAUCUCCAGCCCCACUACGAUCUCGCUUUCCUGACCGUUCAGGUGGAUCAACCAAUCAACGUACCAUCUUUGAAUGAAAAAAAUGUAAAAUUUGCUCAAGAGGUUUUUUGGUUCAGAAGAGACAAUUCCUUGGAUCUAAGGAUAACAUAUGCUAGGGCAGAAUAUUUGAAUCCAACCAUGUUUGAGCGGCAUCACAAUGUAUAUUUCCGUUCUCCAGAUGUCCAUGGCGAUGAUAAUGAGUAUGACAAUGGGGGGGCAGUUAUUGACUUGGGUGGAGAAGUUGUCGGAAUGGUCAACGUCCCUAAGUGAUUCGGGUCUUUCAUACCUUCUUCCAUUUUGCUCAAUUGUUUGGAUUCAUGGAAGAAAUAUCAGUAUAUUUUUCUCUCAGUGUUGUGAUGGUA